GGAGGAAAACUCAACACUCCCAGAUGGACUCAACACUACCAGAUGGUGUAGGGAGGUGAAGUACAGGAGGAAUAUUUUUCACCAUUUACUCCAUUAAUAACUUCCUAAAGCACCUGACCGAGAAGGAAUGAAAUAUGUCAGUCAGUCUGGUUGUCCUGAGGCUUGAGACUGCCGACGAUAGCCCUACUCUUAAGCAUAUAGAGUAUCAAGGCCCCAAGUCUCACAGUAGACACGGUGGAACAGACCGAGAGGCAAGUCCAUCAGAGUGGCCACCUCUGGUGACAGAUACACUCUUGUCCAUACACCGAGGCCACAGGGAGCCCACUCGCAUCACUGUAACCACUCUCGAAGAGCAGCAUAUCAUUGAGGCCUUAGCAGCAGCAAGUAGUGAAGAUCAAGAAUUUGAUAUGGACUUCCAGGCAAAAGGUGGCUCCACAGAUAUUGCAGGUGCGGACACUCGUGCUGAAACAGGAAAUUUGAGCUCUGGUGGCGUGUUACCAAGAACCAGCAAGGAGUCCACACCUUGUGCAUCAAGCAGUAAAGAAGGUACUCCUGGGCUGAGCGAAGAUAGUAACUGCAGCAGCAGGAGAGGUCGUUCCGGAAAAGAUCGGGUUACUUUUGUUUCCGGGAAUCCCAUGGUUGACGUCACACAUGGAAUCCUUCAUCUUUAUAAGGAAAACACGAAGACAAGUUUGGAUGAGACAGAAUCACGAUCAGAGAUGCUGUGUAUGCUGGCAGUCCCAACAUCAAUGACAAUCCACGACUUGCUGCAGUUUACUGCUCCAUGUUACUCUGUGAUACAGCACAUGAGGAUCAUCCGAGACCCCACACCCAACCAGUAUAUGGUUCUCCUAAAAUUUAGAACACAAGGUGAUGCAGACAUGUUCUAUAAUACUUUUAACGGUCAGCGUUACAAUAGUAUUGAGCCAGACAUCUGCCGCUUAGUUUACGUGGCUCGAGUGGAGACUACCAAAGAAUCUGAGAAUGGAGGCCUUCCUAUACCUGGCCACACAGAGCUACCCAACUGCCCAGUGUGCCUUGAGCGGAUGGAUGAGUCAGUGGAUGGAAUACUGACGAUAUUGUGUAACCACUCGUUUCAUGGAGAGUGUUUAGCAAAAUGGGGAGACACAAGCCACCAUGCAGCAGAGGCUCUCGUCUGUCCUGUGUGCCGGUACUGCCAGACGCCAGAGGAAACGCCCGAUCAGAGGUGUUCACUGUGUGGUUCAGCCGACUCUCUCUGGAUAUGUCUCAUCUGUGGCCACGUUGGCUGCGGACGCUAUGUUGGUGGCCACGCUCAUAGACACUUUAUGGAAACAAAUCAUCUGUUUGCAUUACAAGUAGGCAAUAACAGAGUGUGGGACUACGUAAGAGACAACUAUGUACAUCGCUUAUUGCAGAGUGAAGGAGAUGGCAAGGUUGUGUCCUACGAGCGAUCAUCACCAGUAGCAGACACAAAGGAGGAAAUGGUGCAAGGAGAAGAAAAAUUAACUGCUUUGCAACUGGAGUAUACUCACCUUUUGUCAUCUCAACUUGAAUCUCAAAGACAGUAUUUUGAGAAUAAGAUUGCAGAGGCACAGUCUGGGGCCUUGCAAGAGGCUGAAGAUUGUAGAUGUGUGGCCAAAAAAUUAACCGAAGAUAUGCAGAAAUUGAAACAAGAAUUGGUGUAUGUUACUCGAGACAAACAAACUCAGGAUAAGAAGCUCCAGCAGAUGAAUCAGAAAAUUACUAAACUCACUAAGGACUUGGAGACAGAACAGCAGCUAAAUUUAUCAAUGCGUCAGGGUAAGCAAGAAUGGGUCUCCAAAGUCGUCACCCUACAAACAACACUCGAGCAGAAAGAUAAGAGAAUAGUUGAGCUGGAAUCCCAAGUAGUAGAUGUCAUGGCCCACUUAGAAGCUUUGUCUACAGUCAACAGUAAUCCGGAACUCCAGGGAGGGAAGCUAUACAUUCCCUCAGACACCUCCAAGUCACACGGGGCAAGACGGAAACACCGGAAAUAGAGAUCACAGUUUAAGAGAGACAUGGACAGUACAGUAUGUUGUUUCAUAAAAUCAGGCCAAGAUAGUAGGUUUAUUUUGCAAGUCUCCUGUUUAAGAUUUGUAUGUAAUCUGUAUGAUGGUAGGAGAGACUUAGGCAGCAGUAGCAACUGUUAGAGUUUAACAUACUGUAUAUAUAUGAGAGUAAAUUUUCCCUUUGUUUUAUAUAUGCAAAUAAUAGUGAUGAUUGAGUUUGUAAUUUUGUUAACAUGCUAGUCAUUCUUCAUUAUUCAUAAUUGUUUUGAUACUGAAAGAUUCAGUGUAGAGAUGGAAAAGCAUAUUAUUUUUUCACCUACUCCUACAUAUUCCCUGUGUUUGACCGGAAUUAAGAGCCUCACAAACCCUCCCACAGUUAUAGUUAUUCAUUUGUAUUUGUAAGUUAAUGCUCUUGAAGAUUUCAUUUUCUGCUCCAUAUUUUGAGUAAAGUAUGUUAUAUCACCUCUAAGGAAUUCACUUCAUUUUCAGCCAAAAAUGAAGUAAAAAUUCAGUAAUUAGACAAUAAGUUAUAACUUUUGGCAGAGUGUACAGAUCAUACAACCACAGUGAUAGUAAUCCUCCUUCACCACAAACUAUAACCCUGGUACUGUAUUAAUACAAUACACUGAUGUGCGAGGUAUUUGUGUGUGAAAGUUUUGUUUUGCUAUAAAGGAGGAGGUAAUAUAAUAGGCUCAAUGAUGUUUCAGGACUCCAGCUUAGAAGGAAUUAAUAGCUCUUGAGAAAUUAUAAAAGUAAACAGUUUCGAGAAAA